AUGGCUGGAAAGUACUCGGGUUUACAAGCAAGAAUUAAAGAGAGGUGUGAAUUUGCCAUUUUCGUACCAUGUGCAGCACAUUCCCUUAACUUGGUAGGCCUCCAUGCUGCUGGAUGUGUUCCAGAGGCAACAAGCUUGUUUCAGCUAGUUCAAAAAUUGUACAACUUCUUUUCGAGUUCUACCUACCGAUGGAAUUUAUUAACGAAAUGUCUCGGUUCUAACAAAGUCAUCAAAUGCCUUUCCGAAACCAGGCGGGCCGCACGUGCUGACGCUGUUGGUGCUUUGCAUCGGAGUUACAAGGAAAUUUUAGAAACCUUACUACUGAUUGCUAGGGAUACAGAUCAACCGGGAGAAACUCGAAACGAAGCCCUUAGCCUGACCAGAAAAAUGGAAAAACUUAUCAUGAUUGUUCUGACAGAAAUGUGGAGUAACGUAUUGGAAAGGAUCAACACAACAAGUCACAGCCUGCAAAAAGAUACUCUAACCAUGGACGUUGCAACAAAAUUAUUCGCUUCCCUUGCUGACUUCAUCGGUAAUGUUAGGAAUAAUUUUGACCAGUACGAAUCCUCUGCUAAAAUGAAAUUUCCGGACGCCGACUACAAGGACCUCUCUCAAAGAACAAGAAGUAGAAGUUCGCGUAUUAUAUUUUUUGAAGGACCGGCGCAAACUCAACGAUCAGAUUCGUACAAAGAAAUCAAUCAACGUUUUGGAUUUCUUACUCGCUUGAAAAAUAUUAGAUCGGACGAGUUGAAAAAUAGUUGCAAAGAAUUUGCUGCAAUGUAUUACGUCGAUGUUAUUGCAGAAGAACUGGAGUCUGAAUGUCUUCAUUUGACGCAUUAUUUAAGAAAUGUUCAGAACAGUGGAAAUGAAGAAAUAAAUAUUCCAGAAUUAUACCACCUCCUGCGAGCUGAUGAAAUUGAAGAAACAUUUCCUAAUGUUGCUAUAACUUUGAGGAUUUUCUUUGCGUUGAUGGUAACCAAUUGUAGCGGUGAACGCUCCUUUUCAAAGUUAAGUCGAAUCAAAAACGAACUUCGCAGUACCAUGCUUCAAGAAAGAUUAAACAACCUGUCAUUGAUGAGUAUCGAAAGAGACGUUCUCGAACAAAUUGACUUCGAGGAAUGUCGUUUUAUUCUUUUCCAAGUAUCACUUCUGUAA